CUUAGUUAGUCCUCAGGGCAGGUUGACCACAGCUCGUCUCAGAGGGAAACAACUCCUGACAUUCUGUUCGUGCAAAGUGCUGAAUUAUCCCUCUUAUGAGUCAUUCAUCUUUGUUUCCCCGGAUCUUUCUGCAGUUUUGAAGACAGUCUCAUGGUCCAGACUCUGGAUUAUUAGGAGUUGAUUGUUUCCACUGAGCUCCUCCGUAGGCCAUUUUUAAUACCGUAGCUUUGUAGGGAGAGCGCCUGUAGACACCUGUAGGUUUGUCUUCUCGGUUGUGUUGGAUCAGAACUUUGCAGGAUGAAGGACCGGCUGGCACAGCUGAAGGAGAAAAGCGAUGGGGCUGGAGAUGACAUCGAGGUUCCGGUGGAGAGCGAGGCUUUCAUGGACGACUUCUUCGUUCAGAUUGAAGAUAUUCGUACCAGUAUUGAUAAGAUGGAUGAGAGCGUUACGGAAAUCAAAAAGCUGUACUCCAGCAUCCUGUCGGCUCCCACGCCUGACCAGAAAACUCAGGACAGUGUGGAAACGCUCACCAACGAGAUCAAGAAAUCAGCCAACAAUGCCAGGAACAAGCUGAAGAAUAUCGAACGGCAACUGGAGUCAAACAAAGACGAACGAGCGUCGGCUGACCUCAGGAUACGGAAGUCACAGCAAGCAAUCUUGGCCAAGAAGUUUGUGGAAGUCAUGACAAAGUACAACGAGGCUCAGAUGGACUUCAGAGACAAAAGCAAAGGACGAAUCUCCCGACAGCUGGAGAUCACGGGGAAGGCUACCACUGAUGACGAGCUGGAGGAGAUGCUGGAGGGCGGGAACGCCGCUGUCUUUACUGCGGGGAUCACAGAGUCCAAGAUCAACCAGCAGGCCCUGAAUGAGAUCGAGGCUCGCCAUAAAGACAUCAUGAGGCUGGAGAGUAGCAUCAAGGAGCUGCACGACAUGUUCGUGGAUAUUGCCAUGCUGGUUGAAAACCAGGGUGGCAUGAUAGAGAGAAUCGAGAGCAACAUGGACCAGUCGGUGGGUUUCGUGGAGCGGGCGGUGGCCGACACCAAGAAGGCCGCCAAGUACCAGCAGGAGGCGCGAAGGAAACAAAUGAUGAUCUUCUGCUGCUGUGUGAUCCUGGCCCUCAUCCUCGGCUCCUUCCUCUACAGCUUCAUCAAGUAGAGAAGAUGCACGAGGCCGCCAAUCGGCUGAGCGGAGACCGAGGACAGCUAGUGUUGUGUGGUUUCAGUCACUAAAUGCUCCACAUUUUAGCUUUAGAGUAGGUCACGAAGCCUGCCAGUGGUUCCCAGAUCUGAGUUCAGUUUCCAUGAAGAGUGUACAUCAUUACAGUCACAUCCAGAGGGAAGUCUGCCCAUGAGAACAUCUGCCCUCAUGUCCUAGUCAUGUCUGAGUGGGCUGUAUGAUUACUAGACAAACCCUUCGUUAUGUUACCCACACGUUUUCGAGCCUCUUUAUCUUCAUUCUCCACAGCAACAUGUUACAAAUGGAGUGAAACUAAAAACCUUGGGAAAUCAGUCGGGACAUGCCCACCUUAUGUCAGUCACAGUUAGCCAUUUUACUGUAGCUUGGCUGAUUUAGCUUAUGCUAACUAAUACUACUUUACAUUUCAAUCUCAACACAUCGGUCCAAACAUCCUUAUUUCAUCUCUUGCUAUGGAAACAAUAUCCAAAACGAGCGCUAACAGAGCUGAAACAAGGAGCAGCAGGGCUUCGUUGGGACCUGCACUCAUUUAGCUGCCGGGAUUAGAGCCGUUGCCGUCGGCCAAGCCGACUGCAGGUCCAAGGGGACUUCUGCCUGGAAAGGUUCUGAGAUUAUCUGCUGUUGCUCCUGGCUCCUUCGGCUCAUCUAAUCUGGAGGAGCUGUAGAGCUCCUGGGGAACACUGGCAGCAGGAUCUCCUAUUUUGAAUGUUGUUUCAGCUGCAAAUUUGGACAUUCUUAUGUGUAGGUCAGUGGAAAUCAACUCGUUUCUGAAAGCAGCCCCUGGUAGUCAGUAGAGGAUCUGCAGUCUCUCUUAGUUCCACCAAAGCUUCAACCCAGAAAUUGGAACGGUGGUGCUUGUUGAGGACUCCAGACCAUCAGAGAAGAUGACGCUGUUCAUCCAUUGGAUUGUUGUUCAACCUUGUAGUGCUAACAGAGUAGUCUAAAUUCUGCUGGGUUCAACCAAAGAGUCACAGAGCCAACAGGCCAGUGAGCCCACUAAAAACCGGACCAACAGGCCAGUGAGCCCACUAAAAACCGGACCAACAGGCCAGUUAGCCAACUGAAACUGGACCAUUGGCAUUUCACUGGAACACUUAAGCUGCACACAGUUGCAUCCAAAAGUUUAAAUGCAGUUCAAAAGCGUCACCCUGUUUAUUUGCAUCACAUUUUGGCUGUAAAAUGUCAGAAUGAUGACAGAGAAUUUUUUUUAGGGACAUUUAUCCCAAAUAGGUUUCUUCAGAGUCACACAUUUGUUCGUUUUUUGACAAAACUGCCUUCACCUUGAGUUAAAUGUUUUGCGUUGCCUUCCACAUACCUUUCAAAAUACCUUACUGGACACACAAACCAAAGUUUUUGUUGGCUGGUUUUUUACAUGUCCUGUGUCCUUAUGAGGUCAUCUCUUGGCUCCCGAACUGAGUUAUUGGCUAAUCUGAACCCUCCGUGAUCAGGACUUGAGGGCACUAGACGUGGCAACCUUCCCUCUGUGACUGUGUGACCGCUGCACCGCACAAAAUGGAGUUUGUAUCGUAAGUAUUGAGACAGCUGUUGUUCUUCUUUUGUAAAUUUGUUGAUUAUAUGGAAACAUACUGUGCCAAUACUUAUGCUAUCGACUGCGUCCAUCCAGAUGGUUCAUGUGUCGUUGAUCCCCCAUCUGCUCUGAAUCCUGACUGGGCCUUUAUCUGAAUAAGUUUUAAUAUUAGAUCAGGUUUUGAUUUCAUGGUGAACUCAGGAGUACAAAUAAUAGGUAUGUUAUAACCAAAGAAUAGACCUCUAGGCCUGCAUUGUUCGACUACAGUUUUUUACUGCUUAAGGUUUUUUUGUUUUGUUUUUAUUACAAUGAUUGAUUUCAUGUUUCAUAUUUCUAUGUGUGCUUUCCACCUUUUUUAUUUUGCAGGACCAUCGCUCAGGUUUUAAAGCCACACUAUGUAGCAAUAGCACUUCUGACCACAUGGGGGCCUUGGUUUCUGCUGCGUUGGUAAUACUGUGCUAAUAAAUGCUCGCAAUCCCACUGGGGCGGCCUGUAAUCACACUUUACCCCACUAGAGGUGCACUUUGUUGUGUUUCACUCCAGGCGCCGACACAAGAGCGUUCAUGUGAUAUGCUUCGUCCAUGUGAUCAGAAGUGGUAUUGCGAAUACAGUUGCUUUAAGUCAUGCUUUGAUUAGUCUUCCACAAGUUCAUCCUUCCUGUUUGGUCUAAAUCCACAACUGCAAUGAGCUGCACUGCAGGUGUUGGGUGAUAAUAUGUCCAAACCCAGAUCUGCAGCAACUCCAGACUCAUCAGGAUUCCUACCUGACUGUUUCAAACCAAACUGUGUCCCUGGAAAAAGAAAAUACAGUGGCAAGAAAAAGUAACUGAACCCCUUGGAAUAUGAUCUGAUCUCCAUCUAAGUCACAAUAAGGGGAAAGGUUUUUCAUGCAUUUACUGAACACUUAUUCUUCCUGUUGGUGGGAAAUAUAAGCAAAUCCAUUUGUUUAAACAGCUAAAAUUCAACUAUUAAAAUGAACUUGGAGGUUUGGUUUGGAGCAGCUUUGAUUGAUAAAAGACACUCAAACCUUGAGGUUUGCUGUUCAUAGGAAGCAAGAUGAUGAUGAUGAGAAACAUGACGUUCCUGACCAUGCCUCCUGAAAAGGA